AUGCUUGACAUGAAGGCUUGGGCUGAGUAUGCUGUGGAGUGGGCUGCAAAGGACCCAUAUGGCUUCCAUACCACUGUUAUCUUGGCGCUUACGCCACUGUUCCUAGCUAGUGCUGAAUUGUCCUGGAAGUCGGCUAAGAUCAUUGAAGCCAGAGAGAAGGAGCAGAAGAAGAAGCAAAAACGGCAGGAAAACAUCGCAAAAGCUAAACCACUAAAGAAGGAUUGA